AUGCAGUCGGUUGGUAGUUAAUAUCAUUUUUUUAUUUUACUCAAAAACUUUUCUAAAGCAUUCAGCAAGUUUUCCGAAGAUGUUCAGUUUUUUUGUUUUAGUUAGUUUCAUAAUGAAGAAGAAAAAUGCUCCAAAAAUUGAAAAAAAGUAAAGUGACAAUAAAAAAAGCCAGUAUUGCAAUUAUUUUACAUUCAUUGAUCCAAGUAACGACGCCAAUUUUCUGUCAGUAGGAUCACUAUCUUGCAGCUUUUAAUAAACUUUAACCAGCAAGUUUUGUGGCUGUAUCAAGUCAAAGUUCUUGUAACUUCCAUCAAGUAGAUUUCAAAAAUAAAGUGUAACAGUAUGGAAAAAUAUUUUAGGAGAUUCACGAUAAACUUAUAAAAAUUACUUUUUUUACAGAGAGCGCGGAAGACACCAAGAAAUCUACAGCCGCCAAUUCUUUGUAAGUUGUAUUUCUAUGACUAGAAAUGUCAUGUGACUUUUUUUCUCACUCCUAUUAACAUUGAAAAAGUUAAUCAACUUGUCCAAAAAAAGACAAAACGAUGAAAAACGUUCCAUUCUUGACUUUUUUUACGAAACUGCAAAUUUUCAGUGGAGAAAUUGGACCAGCUCGGAAAUCGCUUUCAAAUGAUUGAAGUUCGAAAAGUCUUGAUUGGUAAUCUCAACACGGAAAGGACACACAUUCCUUCGGACAACACGGUAAUUUCUUUAUAUUGAUCGCUUUUUCUCAAUAAACAUAUUCAGAUGGUGGUGACUAAAGAUUUGAUGCAAUUUGUCACUUCAAACUGCUAUGGAGUGCGCACGCUGGUCUUCCAAAACUGCAUCGUAGACGAGGAUUCUUUAAAAUUCAGUGAGUCUUUUAUUUACGAUAUUUACCUUGUUUUCCUUCUUGAAGUUUUAAAAAGUAUCUUCAUUAAAGCUUCACAAUAAAAAUAGGAAUUUGGCCGCAACACUUAGGUUUUCGUCAUUAUUACCUUUACGUAUUUUAACAAAACGUAUAGCAUAAAUCAAGGAUGAAGUGACCUGAACUACAGAACUCAUUAAAUAAUAAGGGUACUGUAUGGUAAAAAAAAAUGGAAGCUUUAACUUUGGGGGAAUUUAUUAAUUUAUUGGAAGUUUUAUAAUGUAUGUGAGUUGCUUCUAAAUUCGUUUUUGAUUUGCUCAGAACUUUGAGAUAAGUUAGAAAAGACAUUAGGAAGGGAUUUUUGACUGGUAAUUUCCCUAACGCUGAAAAGAGAAUUUCCAAUUUAAUACAAAAAGACCCACCUUUUUUUAUUCAUUCUUGGACCCAGGUUCCGGCAAACGUUUCAAUUGUUAUAUUCAUUUUUGAACUAUCAAGUCAUAAUAUAGUGGGGCGAUGAAACAUCAAAAAUGCUGCGAUUCCAUGAUUUUUCUCGUAAAUAGUUUGAUAGCAAGUUGAAAAAAUUACUUAUCCAAAAGAAGUAAAUAAAUGUGCAGUGUAAAACUACAAUUAUCUAAUGAGAUUCCUUAUUUCAGUGGCCUCUGAAGAAUUCACGAUAAAGAAUCGUUUGAAGGAAGUCGUACUGGACAAUAUUCGCUAUGACGAUGAUGAAAGCGUGAAGAAUUUCUCAGUGAGUUUUUCUUUCAUUUUUGUAUUUUUUUAAAUCUUUUCGAACUUCCACGCAGCUUCUGUCCACUUUCCGUUGGCCAUUUCCAUAAUGACAUAGAGUGGAAUCAAGCUACCGUCGAUAAUGAUUCCUUUUACAGAAUCUCAUCACCCAUGAAACGCGAUGCCUAUCUUUCAAUCAAUGCUCGAUCAGUUUCAUGGAAUCUGUGGUUCUUGAAAAGUUGCGAAGCUUGAACCAUCGUGUGGAUCUCGUUAAUAUUGGUUUCGAUGAAAAUGAAAGGUUGGUCUCUUUAUGGAAAGCUGAUUUACAUUUUCAUUUUUGCAGUGACCCAAAACGGGAAAUAUUCAUCGAAGAGUUCAAGCAGUACAGUAAACUGGUCAUUCCGAUGGGUAGUACGCAGUUUUCCUUGUAAUCAUUCUUUUAAUUGUGAAGUUUGUAAAUUUUUACUGCCCGAUGUCUUAUUUUUCAUAAUCCUUGUGAUUCUUGGUUGUCAUUUUCUUCUGCCACUAGUUGCCGUCAUUUGAUAAAGUGUUUCAAACUUUCUUUCGAAGACAAUUUACUGAAAGGUUUACUGAAGUUUAACGGAAUUAUUCUAUCAUAGAGAGCAGCUUUUAUGCUUCUUUCCUUUGUUAAUCUAAUGAUUUUUUCAUUUUCUCCUUCUACAAUCCAUUUCGUAACGGAUUUAUCGGUUCGCCAAAAGCUCAGUUUCAGAUUGUGUGAUUAAAUUUGGAAAGGGAAAAAGCUGAACUCUUUUUUCAGAACCACUUUGGAAGCUAUCGAUAGUGGACAAAGAUUUCUUUUAGAAGAGUUUUCUUUGUUACUCAUCCUUUUUUACUUCUCCGGUGGAAUCCCUCAUAAAUAAACUUUCAACACAUCUUUACUCAUAUUUUGUUUUCCAUGAUCCCAUUUUUCCUUCUAUAGGAGUAACAGUCGAGAAAAAGACACGUGACGAAAGAGAGCAUCCAGGCAGCUGGCAAUCGAUAUUCGGUCCGUCCUCGGCGCCGCCCAACUGA